AUGCAUUGUGAGAAUGUCGACUGGUGGACUAGUGAUGAUCCUAACUGGCUCUCACUGACGCCUGGGGAGAUUUUUCACACAGAUGGAAUAUUGGCAAAGACACGUUAUAACACGACAGGUGGCUUUCGCAUUUUAAUUGAGCCUCUCGGGGUAUCACACUGA